GCAGCCGGGAGGAGGCAGCGGUCCGGGCGCCCCAGGCCCCGCCCGCCCACAGCCCUUCCCGGGAGGCCGGGAGACCUGCUCGGCCCGGCCCUCGGUGGGUGAGUGCGAGCAGCGGGCAGCGGGUGGGGCCUCCGCGGGCGGAGGCACCGGCAGCGGGGACGACGCCUGUCAUAGCUCCAGGCCCAGCGGGAGGACGCGCCAACAUACCCUUUGCUGCGCUCGGUCGCGGGCGUGCCCGCGGCUGCUCCCACUUCUGGGCCCGCGCUGGGGCCACCUGGGGGCUCUGUUUGCUUGGCACUGCGGGCCCGGCGGGCAGCCCCUCGGACGAGGCUACCCCCUGCCCCAGGGCAGAGUCGUGGGGCCCCCGCCGGCUGGCUGCCCCACGGCGACUUUGGCCAUGUCCGGCUGGCCCUGGGGGCUACUGCUGACCGCCGGCACGCUCUCCGCUGCACUAAGCCCGGGGCUGCCGGCGCCCGCUGACCCCUGCCAUGACGAGGGGGGCGCGCCCCGCGGCUGCGUUCCAGGCCUGGUGAAUGCAGCCCUGGGCCGUGAGGUGCUGGCGUCCAGCACGUGCGGGCGGCCGGCCACUAGGUCCUGCGACGCCUCGGACCCUCGGCGGGCACACCCUGCAACCCUCCUGACCUCGGCAGCGGGCACAGCAAACCCUCUGUGCUGGCGCUCUGACUUGCUUCAUCGGGCACCCCUCAACGUGACCCUCACAGUGCCCCUGGGCAAGGCUUUUGAGCUGGUCUUCGUCAGCCUACGCUUCUGCUCAGCUCCUCCCGCCUCCGCGGCCCUGCUCAAGUCGCAGGACCAUGGCCGCAGCUGGACCCCUCUGGGUUUUUUCUCAUCCCACUGUGGCCCGGACUAUGGCCGUCUGCCUGUCUCUGAUGAUGGCCCUGCUGGCCCAGGGCCUGAGGCCCUGUGCUUUCCAGCCCCCCAGGCUCAGCCUGAUGGUGGUGGCCUUCUGGCCUUCAGUGUGCAGGACGGCAGCCCACCAGGCCUGGAUCUGGACAGUAGCCCUGUGCUCCAAGACUGGGUGACCGCUACAGAUAUCCGCAUAUUGCUCACAAGGCCUGCCAUUCUGGGGGACACCAGGGAUUCAGAGGCCCCAGUCCCUUACUUCUACUCAGCCACUGAGCUCCAGGUGGGCGGUCGCUGCAAGUGCAACGGGCAUGCCUCAAGGUGCCUGCUGGACACCCAGGGCCACCUGAUCUGCGACUGCCAGCAUGGCACCGAGGGCCCUGACUGCGGUCGCUGCAAACCCUUCUACUGCGACAGGCCAUGGCAGCGGGCUACAGUCCGGGAAGCCCACGCCUGCCUUGCUUGCUCCUGCAAUGGCCAUGCUCGCCGCUGCCGUUUCAACAUGGAGCUGUACCGACUGUCCGGCCGCCGCAGUGGGGGUGUCUGCCUCAAUUGUCGGCACAAUACCGCUGGUCGCCACUGUCACUACUGCCGGGAGGGUUUCUAUCGUGACCCAGGUCGUGCCCUGAGUGACCGCCGUGCUUGCAGAGCUUGUGACUGUCACCCUGUUGGGGCUGCUGGCAAAACCUGCAACCAGACCACAGGCCAGUGUCCAUGCAAGGACGGUGUCACUGGCCUCACCUGUAACCGCUGUGCCCCAGGCUUCCAGCAGAGCCGUUCUCCUGUGGCACCCUGUGUUAAGACCCCUGUCCCUGGACCCACUGAAGAGAGCAGCCCUGUGGACCCACAGGACUGCGAGUCGCACUGCAGACCUGCGCGUGGCAACUACCGCAUCAGCCUGAAGAAGUUCUGUCGGAAGGACUACGCUGUGCAGGUGGCGGUGGGCGCAGGCGGAGAGGCGCGCGGAGCGUGGACGCGCUUCCCAGUAGCAGUCCUCGCCGUGUUCCGGAGUGGCGAGGAGCGCGCGCGUCGCGGGAGCAGUGCGCUGUGGGUGCCGGCCCGUGAUGCGGCCUGUGGCUGCCCGCGCCUACUACCCGGCCGCCGCUACCUACUGCUGGGGGGCGGGCCCGGGACCGCGGCCGGGAGCGCGGGGGGCCGGGGACCUGGACUCAGCGCCGCCCGCGGAAGUCUCGUACUGCCCUGGAGAGACGCGUGGACGCGGCGCCUGCGGAGGUUGCAGCGGCGUGAGCGGCGGGGGCGCUGCGGGACAGCUUGAGCCCGCGGACCGGGCGGGGGACUGGGCGGGGCGCUGCUUGCACAUCACGGCGCACGUUCAUCAGUGCAUUCGCCUG